AUGGAAUCGCCGCCUGUGACGCCGGAGGAGUCGCACAUCGUCGCACACCGAUCCUCCUCCUUCACCGCGCUGCGAUCGCUCAACAAGACGCAGAAGUCGCAGCAGCGUCACUCCUCGUCGAACGCGUCGCCCGCACCCACCAGAUCCUCCUCCAUGAAUAACGACAAACGAAGCCUGCCAGGGAGGAGGAAAGCAAUGAUGGUGCUGUUCCUGGCUGCCGUCUCGAUCUCCACCAUUUUCGUCGUGAAGGAUCUCAGAUUCUCCGGCCAGUCGCAACAACCAAAAGUGGACGCCGCGAAGAGGGUCGGUGUGCUGGAUGACCCCGGCCCUCUGAUGGCCGUGGAUUCGCCAUCACCUGCACAAACGGACGGCGGAGAUUCCUUUCCAGAGACUGUAACGGCGGACUCAGAAUCUGGUCUUGAGAGAUUACCAUCCGCCAGCGACCAGUCACGUGUGUUGACGGAUGAGAGUCAGAGCGAGCAGCGGCCUUCGUUCCACACUUCGGUUCAGAACGGUUUUGACCACUCUCCGCCUGCCGGGGAGCAAGAGGGAGAGGGGAAGGUUGUACCUGAUGCCUUGGGGGGGGAGAAUCGGGCGAGCCCGGGGGAUGAGCUGAGGGAACAGGGUGCUUCGGCGGGGGAGAAUGAGCUGGGGGGCCAGGGCUCUUCGGGAAGCGAGGAUUUGGAAAGGUCGGGUGCUUUGGAGGGCCAGGAUGUAUCCAAGGAAGAUCAACCCUCUGGAUCCCGUGCUUCCCCCGUCGCAUCCCUGCGCCAAUUUCACCCUCCCACCGCCUUCCACCGACAGGAAGCGCACUGGACCCAGACCCUGUCCCGUGUGCUAUCUUCCACUGCCAGACGCCAUGGCCAUGCGUCCCCCCGGGGCCACACAGAGGAGCCUAUUCUGAAGCACCUCUCGUUCGUGACAGAGGAAGACGCCAGCGAGCGGGCUGCCAGGCGAGCAGGCAACCGGCCGCGGUUCAACGGGCACCAGUCGCUGCAGCAGCGCGAGGACUCGUUUAAAAUCCAAGAAAGCAUGCGCGUGCACUGCGGCUUUGUGUGGGGCGGCAAGGUGGGCAACGGCACGGGCUUUGACGUGUCGGAUGAUGACAGGCGGUUCAUGGAGCGCUGCUACGACAUUGUUGUUGUUUCCGCCAUCUUUGGCGCCUAUGAUCUGGUACAGCAGCCGAGCAACAUCAGCGAGGAGGCGAGGCAGCAGCUGUGCUUCGUGAUGUUUGUGGAUGAGACCACCUUCAACGAGUUUAUCCGCGACGGCACUCUCAAGCAGCCCCGCACCCGGCGAGUGGGCUUGUGGCGGCUUGUUGUUGUGCACAACCCACCCUACAGGGACCCCCGGCGCACGGGCAAGAUCCCCAAGCUGCUCAUUCACCGCCUCUUCCCAAAUGUGCAAUUCUCCAUGUGGGUCGAUGCAAAGCUGCAGCUCGUCCAGGACCCCUACAUGAUCCUUGAGAGAUUCCUGUGGCGUGGGAAUUUCUCCUGGGCGAUAUCGAAGCACUACAAGCGGUUUGACGUGUUCGUUGAGGCGGAGGCCAACAAAGCGGCGGGGAAGUAUCGCAAUGCGAGCAUCGACGAGCAGAUGGAGGUGUAUCGGAGCGACGGGAUGACACCUUUUUCAGAAGAUAAAAUGCCGAUCAUUAGCGAUGUGCCUGAGGGGUGUGUGAUAAUGCGAGAGCACACGGCACUCAGCAACCUCAUGGCGUGCCUGUGGUUCAACGAGGUGGACCGAUUCACGUCCCGCGACCAGCUCAGCUUUGGCUACACGCGAGACAAGAUCUGCCGCAGCGUGCCCGCCUGGCGCCUCAACAUGUUCCUCGACUGCGAGCGCCGCAACUUUGUGGUUCAGGUUAGUGUUUUGUUGUUCAAGGUCAGCUUUGGCUACACGCGAGACAAGAUCUGCCGCAGCGUGCCCGCCUGGUGCCUCAACAUGUUCCUCGACUGCGAGCGCCGCAACUUUGUGGUUCAGGUUAGUGUUUUGUUGUUCAAGGUCAGCUUUGGCUACACGCGAGACAAGAUCUGCCGCAGCGUGCCUGCCUGGCGCCUCAACAUGUUCCUUGACUGCGAGCGCCGCAACUUCGUGGUGCAGGUGGGUGGUCUGCGGUGCAGAUUGGUGCUCUUCGGUGCAGGUCGGUGCUCUGCGGUUCAGGUGGGUGUUGUGGGGCGCUUUCAGUGCGACCAGCUCAGCUUUGGCUACACGAGGGACAAGAUCUGCCGCAGCGUGCCCGCCUGGCGCCUCAACAUGUUCCUCGACUGCGAGCGCCGCAACUUUGUGGUGCAGGUGGGUGGUCUGCGGUACAGGUCGGUGGUUGUGUUGUUCCGAUUCCAGACGAGCAAAGCCCAUUGA